AGUCGGUCAAACAGCCCCGACCGCGCAAUGACCGUGCGGAGCAGGGCUGAAGGUACGAAUACGAUGACAGGAACAGCGACGUGGAUGAUCGUGGACUUUAAAGUCUUUAAAGUCUCCCAGCUGCUCCUGAAGAUUUGGUUUGAUUGUCAACAUUCACAAGUGACACUGACAGUGACACCGGCAUUUAACCGCCCUAAACAACCAUGAGCGCGACUGAUAGCGAUACGGAGAGUACCGUCUCCAGCCAAUCCAGGCCUACCACAGCGAAAACCGCCAAAUCGCAAUCCCAACAGGUCUUCCCCUUCGCGCACCCACCGCCCAAAUCGACCUCGUGCUUCCGCUUCACCUCGCGCCUCCUGCUCCAGAUCCAACAGCUCCUCUCCGCCUCGCGCGCGCUUCCCAUCCUCGAGAUCUACCGCCCCUCCAGCCUCGGCAAGUCGAUCCCCGGCUGUCCCAGCAAAGUACACAGCCAGGACCUUUACAUCGUCCAAAGCGACGCCUACCAGAAUCUGCCUGCAUCAUGCAGCCAAAGCCCCAGCACCGACAGCCCGGUAGUAGGAGUGAUAUACACCAACUACUGCAGCAGCAGCAAAACCACUAGCGCCGCGACUAGCAGCAGCAGCUCCACCGACAACAAACCCGCAACCUCCCCCUCAUCAUCAUCAUCAACAUCACCAACAACAAAAUCACCCCCCAACAACAGCAACAAUAACCACGCAAUCUACCUCCCCCAACUCCAACUCACCCUCCUCGCCUCCCGCACCUCCCGCGGAGGCUACAUCUUCCAAUUCCUCCCCUCAUCCUCAUCCUCCUCACCAACAACACCCCAAAAACUCACCCUCGAACUCGCCAAGAGAAAACCCAAACACAAAAACCCCCCGCCAAGAUCAUCGGCAACAACCCGGACCCAUCGGUCUUCGGCGUCUACCACCCCCGACGACGACGACGAAGAAGACAACCUCGAGCCAAAAAACCACGACCCGGCAAGUUUCCUCCUCGGCAUUCGGGGUACUACUAGUACCCCCAGUACUAGCCCCGUCGAUCCAAACUCAGGUGAUUCCACCCGGCGCAGCCCCCGGCCCUGGCUCGCCGGGCUCUCGCACAAGGGGAUCAAGCUCCCGCGCGGGGAGCAGGAGGACCAGCUGCGGCGGCGGGUGCUGGCCGCCGUCGGGGUGGGCGAGGAGCGCGUGGAUGUGCUCUACACGAUUACCUUGCUGGUGGGGAUCUAUGCGGCGAGGAUGGAGGGGUGGGUUUGAUUUUUUUUGGUGUCCAUUUUCUGUGUUGUCGGUAACUUAAGGGUUUACUCGAUCAGCUGCUUCCUAGAUUAUUUGGUAUGGUCCGGGGGUUUAGUUAGUAAAGUUUAGCUUGGAGUUUUUAGGUGUUCGUGUUGGUGUUUGGUGAUCGUCGGUGUUCGUAUUUUUGGGGGAAGUCAAAAGGGCCAGGUGUCAGGGUCCGGGUCAGGGACUCUUGCUAUGUACGUCGAUGAUAUCCAAUUCGAGUCAAACUUUGGGGGACUAGUGUCAUAGAAACUUUCUUUGUCUCUGUCUUUCUCCGAGAAAGGGGAAUGAGGAGAGAACGAACCCGGAGAAUACGUAGAAGUUCUGGCCCGCCCGCCGCCGCGUG